UCUGUAGAUAUAUCUUCAAGUUCACUGAUCCUUCCUUCUGCAAGGUCUAAUCUUCUGUUAAUCCCAUACAAUGUUUUUGCCAUCUCAUACACUGCAGAUUUUUAGGACCUCAAUUCGAGUAUUUUAAAAAUAUCUUCCAUGUAUGUCUCUGCCUAAUUUUUUAAAUAUAUGAAAUAUAUACAAUAAUUGGAUAUUCUUGUUUGCUACUUAUAACAUCUAUGUCAGUACAGGUUGCUUUUGAUUGAUUUAUUUUCAUUGAGGUCAUAUUUUUCCAUUUUUCUACAUGCCUAGUUAUUUCUGAAUGCCAGACAGUAUAAGUUUUUUCUUAUUGUGUGCUUGAUAUUUUUAUAUUCCUGUAAAUAUUUUUGAGCUGUUUUGUGACAUAGUUCAGUUAUUUGAAAACAGUUUGGACUGUUGGGUUUUACUUUUAAGAUCUGGGAUGUGGUAGCAGAGGUGUGCUCAGUCUAAAGACAUUAAUUUCCAACCACUAUCAAUGCACAGUGAACCAAUGCCCUAUGAACCAGGAAGUUGUCCAGUCUGGCUGGUGGGAACACACCACUUUCCAGAUCCUGUGAUAUGCUGGAUGCUGCUGCCUCUAAUCCUUUCAGUUUUUGUUUUUGUUUUUAUUUUUUUCCUUAGCUUGGAUAGUUUCUUCAUACACCUGCAAUGAAAAAUAAUCAGCUAAUUAUUUGCAGGUGGUCCUCGGCAGGUUUCUGGAAUUCUCCUCGUGUGCCUUCUCUCCUCACUGGCACCCUGUCUUGUGAACUUGAGCUCCUUUGGUCUCCUCGGAUUCUCAGUUCCACUUCUUCAACCAGUGAAUCUGCCAGGUUGUCUGGUCCUGCAUCACAGCCUGGAAACUCACUCCAGGCAGUAAGCUGGGGCAAUCCUAGGGUCACCUCAUUAAUAAACCUGUCUCCUAGGGAUCAGUGUUCUCCAUUGUUUGAUAAUCAGUAUCUCAAAAACUGUUUUGAAGCUAUUCUGUUGGCUUUUCGGUUGUUUCAGGAGAGUAAAAUCAGUCUCAUUUCAAUUUGAUUGAAAGAAAUGGUCCUACCCAAUGUGUUUUUACAUAAGUACCUUUUGUGCAUAUAUCUUCUAGAGUCAAGGUCUAUUGCUUGUAAGUAAGAGCCUGUAUGAUACAUCCUCUUUGAAUCCUUCAAUCCCUCCAAAGGUCAGAAUCAGACUUCACGUAUUUUCCUGUUUCAAAGGGUUCCCUUGUCUCCUUUUGAGCUGCCCAUUAAUAUCCUGUCACCUGGAGCAGGUGCCUCCAUCUGUCAGGUGAUUUGCAGAACAUGAAUAAAUGACUUUUGCUCUCUUCCCUCCCUCCAAGACUCCCUUCAGCUCACUAACUUUGCCUCAUAUUUUAGGUCUCUGCUUAAAUACUAGCCCUUCAGGAAGCAUCUUCCCUGACCCUUAGAUUGGAUUGGGACUCCCCUGCUAAGUAUUCUCACAGCUUUCUGUACCUACUUACAUUUUUAUUCCUUUCACUCUAUUGUAAUCACUUAUGCUUUAAAAUCUACGUCUUUCAUUCAGUCAUGAGCUUCAGAAGGACAGGGACUCCUCUGUCAUGUUCUUUGCUUUAUCCUCUUUGUAGUGACAGGCCCAUAGCAAGUACUCAGUAAAUAUUUGUUGAUUAAGUGAAUAAACAAAUAAAUAAGCCAAAGAGCCAAUGAGUGUACUUUACUUACAAGAUGAUCAACCAGGACCUUCUGGAUGAAUUGAUUGAUCAGGUUGAUGAUCUUUCAUCUUAGUAAUUUUAAAAUGCAAAAGCACUGGCAACUUAAGUGGAGAGGAAUUUGUGAUUCCCACUGUAGGGAGAGGAGGGCAGUUUACUCGCUGAGAGUGAUUUCCUCAGACCACCACCCACAGGGAAUAAGCCUUGUUUCUCCAGAGGAGAAAGCACAUAAUGUCCAAACAAGUCAGACCUGGAAAGAAGCUUCAGAAAUCAGUGAGUUCAACUCUUUCUUCUACAAAGACAGAACAGAAAGAAGACCUGCUGAGGUUAUGAGGUUGUUUGGUGGCAGAAUCUGGACUGGAAACUUAAUCUUCUGAUUAUUCCAUGGUUUUUCCACCCCUUAACUUCCAUAUAGCCCUCCAUCCCCACACCAAUUUGAAAUAUAGCCUGGGGAAGUGGAGCCCCGUAGAUAAUUUCUGUCUAUAAUAAUUUCACUGAUUUGUUGGACUUACUUUUCUGCAAAAGGGAAAUACAAUAGCAAGCCAUAUCUUCCACCCAGAAGAGCAUUUUCUAAUAAAUCCAUGCAACUGGAACUCUGAAAAAAAUUACUUCUAGAUCUUUUGGGCAAGGUCAAGUGUGGAACUCUGAAAUAUCUCAAAUGUUACACAUUAUUAAUACUAGUGGUCACAAACAAGUGUACAUAUAAGUAUCUGCAGGUACAAGCUGAAGCCAACUUAUUUUUAAAAUAGCUGUGAGCUUUAUGAUAUAUAUCCUGAACGCAGUUCAAUUACGUGUGUAAAUCACUACCUGUAUCUGCAAAGAAAGUGUUUUAACCCAGCAUGCUGCCCCACAACCAACAUCAUUUCCAGCUUUGAACUUAUCCUGGGAUUGCUUUUGCCAGCCAACUACUCUGCAGCUAAAGUGCUACUUUUCCUUUUAAUAAUGGCCUAAGCAACUAUUCCUUUUUAAUGCAAAGUCCUGGAAUUUAACAAGCUGAUAACAAGAUAGUGAUACACCUUUUUAGAUCUUUCUGCUCCUGCAAUUUUUAGUGAGUGGGUUACCUAGAACAGCAGUCUAAUAAAGGUUGGACUAGAAUACCAGACAAGUAAAGGAUGAGCUCAUUUCCCCUCUAUGCUGUCAGUCUUUGAACGCAGUAUGACCUAUUGCAAGUUUUCCUGCUUGGGAGGGUCAUGCGGUGCCUCCCACACAUUGACUGUGAACUUGUUCCCAACGAAUGAGUCUGUGGGUUCAUUUCUUGGGGAUGUCAUCUGUUUGAGCAGAUAUCUGCCCAAAUAUUAUCUCAUCACCAGUAAAACCCCGAGCCUAAAAGUGACACAUGACCAAGAGCUGCUCUACUAUCAAGUGUGCACAAUCGACUACAGCGAAGGUUGAAGAAAGCAUAAUCUCCAUCCUUUCCAUGGAAGUCUCAUAGUGGUUCUGCCCAUUGUCAGACAAUCAUAUUAGAGAAAGGUUUUCGUUUUCUUAGCAUGUUCAUUUUGGAGGGAAAUGCAAAGAACAGUGAAGGAGGAAAGGCACCCUUCCUCCCAGGCUUCAAUAGCAUCAACUCAGGGAAUCAAUGAGAUGACAGAUGUUGGAGACAGAUGCCUGAAUAUCCACUCAAUAGUCAGGCUUAAUGAACUAACACAGGAAGAGCAAUUAGAGAAUUCAUUAAUUAUGCUCUAAGUUCACUUUCAUUGUUAAUUCUAAUCCUUUAUUUGGGCUAAUGACUUCAGCUUUUCUUAUAAUAAUUUGUGCCUAUCAGUGAAUGAUAACAUCUUCAAAUUUCUAUAAUUGUGUAAAAUUCAAACUAUAUGUGUCGCUGUAGUUCUAAAUUGGACCUAAAGUAGCUUCUAAGUGUACAUAAGAUAUUUCAAGAUAACGUAAAUGAGGAGAAAAACAAAAGUAAGAAAACAACAUGGAGUAAAGAAUAAGACUAACACAAAAAUGCAAACUACAAAGCCUUAUAUACUUGCUUCAGGUUCUAUUUUAUAAGCAGGAAUAGCUCAGCUAGCUCAGCCAAUAUUUUCACCCAUUAACAAUGCACAGACAUUUGUUUAGUCCUACAAUUAAACAUGCACCGCAGUAGAUCCACUCUAACUCAAUAGUUUGCUAAUUGUUUGUCUUUGUUAUUCUUGCAUAACAUGCUGUCCUGUAUUCUUUAAGCAUCUAUUACAAAAAAAAAAAAAAAAAAAAAAAAACCAGAAAUUCCUUCAGUGAAUAAAACAUAAUGAAAAUGCACUUUUAUUCCCUUUAUGUACUCUGGCCAGCUUCUAAAAAAGAGUAACGAGAUUUUGUACCACUCAACUCUAAGGUGGUUAGUCUUGCUCCUGAACCAAUAAAUAUGCACUCAUUUGCAUACUCUCUUUCUGUCCCUCUUGAGCUCACCACAAUGACACAAGAGCCUCCUUGCUAGGCACGAAAACUGUUUCAAGAUGUCUCAAGCCAAGAAAGGGCCACCUGCAUUCAUUCUGGUUAAGGCUUUAAGUUAUCCUACUACUCAAGUCUUCCUGAAAAAAGUUCAAAAGGUGUUCAUCUGAAUCAUUCAUGCUUCCUUGUCCUUGACCUAAAGCAAUGUGGUAGAUUUUUUGCAUUUGGGAGCUGAUGGUGGGGCAGAGGUUGAAGAACUUUUAUUUUAAAAACAUUUAUAUGCUCCAAUAUUUCAAUAAUAUAUGGAUUUUUAUUAUACCCUAAAGCUGUCCUUGAUAUUACAUAUGAGCUAAGUUCUAACAUGAGGUAUUAUAAAAAUAAUGCAGUUAAUUUUAACAAUCUACCAUUUUGAUCAAAAAGAAAACCAUAUAUGAAAAUAUAAUUUCACAUAAAUGUAAGAUUUUCAUAUUGUUUAUUUUUGAUUACAUAAAGUAGUAAAACAUACAGGUUAAUUUACUUCUAAGCUGGUGUAAAAUACCUAACUAAACUACAGAAAACAAUUACAGCAGCAUAAUUUUAUUUGCAUCUAUGAGUAUUAUUUUUGUGAUUUCAGAGCCAGAAAAUGCAUGACACAGGAGACUGUGCACCCUCAUCUGUUCAGUGAGAGAUGUGCAAAUCAACAUCAACACAGAGUUGCUGAAGAAAAAAAAGUCUCUGAAAAGCAGCUUAUUCACUUGAGAUGUGAAGAGUCAUCCACACAUCACAAUUCUAUAGACAUCAAAUGCAUGAAGCAUUUCAGAUCUGCUUUAAGGGUGUGGCAGACUUUCCAUCUGGACACAGCCAGCCAUCCCUGUGUCAUUACAAUGAAUUCAGCACUUCCCUGGAAGCUGAGAGGGUCAAAUUCAACUUCAACUCUGCCACUUGCUGCUUAACUUUCUGUUUAACCUUGGGCAAGCUGCCAUCCCACAUGAAGCCAAAGGUGUCUGGUUUUUAAAAUAUGGAAGUUGGGUUCCAUGAGGAAUUAUCAAUAUACUGCUGGUGGGCCAAAUUCCAUCUGCCCCUUGCUUUUGUAAAUAAAGUUUUGUUGAAACACAAACAUGCCCAUUAGUUUACUCUUGUCUAUGACUACAAGGGCAAAGUUGAAUAGUUGUUACAGAGACCAUCAGGCUCACAAAGCCGAUAUUAUUUACUAUCUGCCCAUUGACAGAAUAAGUUUGCCAGCCCUAGACUGGAUUUUUUUUUUUUGAGUCCUUUCUAAUUCUAGAAUUCUUUAUAUAUUUUAUGAAACCCGGAAUGUUUAUAUAUUAAUUCUUUACUGAGUUCCUCCUAUGAAGCAUACGUCAAGAUAUAUGUGUGAUACAUUAACUAAACUUUGUAACAAUAUCUUAAAUAGGAUUUCAAUGAUUAACAGCUCUUGGAAAUAUCCAAGGUAACAUUUUGGGGCAAAUGUCUUAUGAUUUGAUUAUCAUCGGUAAAUAGAGCAUAUCUUUUUUUCUAUUAAUGAUGUUUAAGAAGUUAAGAAAAAAAAAUCAAGAAAACCCCGUAUGGCACUGGAGACUUACUGCAUUAAGACAUCAUCUUAACAGAUUGUUUAGUUUUGGUAAUAUAAUUUGACAUCUAAACAUAAGCUGAGAGGGAUCUCCCUCAAAACCUUUGAUAAUAUGAUUCAUUGUCAAAUGUUUGUUUUGCCUAUCUGGCACUCAUUAAUUAAUUCUUUUUAAUAUAGCUUGGAUUUACUGAUUUUGAAAAAGAGAAUUAUUCUUAUUGAUGUUGCUAAAAUAUCCAGGUGGCUUGAAUUUCACCAACUAGAUAGUUUAAUCUAGCACAUUUGUGUAGCCCUAAUCAAAUCUUUACUAACAGAUGUGAGAAGCCCAGUACUGGAGCUAAUGUUUGUGUCUCAAUGAUAAUUAAAUUAGCUUAAUAAGGAAAAUAAAUGAACAAUAAUCACCAAAAAUUUUCCCUAGACCUGUGUUAUAGUCUUCAAAACAUUUUUUUGCCCAUGGAGGCUUUUGUUAAUAAAACGCAAAUUGAGAGCUUUUAAUUAAAAGAAUUUUUUUUCAAGAACUGGUCAUGUACUAAAUUGCUUAUAAUCAAAUAAUCAAGUAGCAUUUCUUUUAUCAUAAGAGCAAAACCUAUAAUUAAGCCAAAAUCCAAAUUUGUUUUCAAAGAGUGAAUAAUCUUUUGUUUUGGCCAAUAGUAGUAAUAUGGAUUUUUUUUAAGUAUUAUCUCUUCAUAGUAUUUUCUAAUGGAUAGGAAAUGCCUUUCUCAGGUUGAAUGAUUAUUUCCACAUAUAAUUAGUUCCUGCUUACGACAGUGCUGCACUAAUGUCAUGGCUCAGUGAAUUGGCUUUAUAAUUCAUUAAUCAUAGCUCGUAUUGAGCUUUUGGCUCCAAGUGACUGUGCCUACCACCGGUCAAAUAACUUCUAAUUUAAAGGCAAUUUGUAGAAAUAGGGAAGGUGAGAAUUCUCACAGUCCCAGAAGGAUUGAAGAGUUUUUAAAAAGCCAAGAAAAGGCAUUUUAUGGAAGGCAGAUUUAAGGAAGAAAAGUGGCCAUUGGAGGAUGAGGCAGAUGGCUUUCAAGGGAGGCCCUGGUGCUGCCACCAUGGGGAAGGCCACGUUGCAGCUGCUGAUCAGAGCACAUUGGACGGUGUUUCCGUGUGAACGUGAAGACAAUGCUGCCUCUGUUCCUGUGACGCUGUGCUCUGACCUUGCUGGAGGCGAAGUGGUGUCAGCUGUGCUUGCAGGACAGUCAGUGGUGGUGGAAAAGAGGCCAGCGUGACCCUCUGUCGAGGGUCUGGGCCCCUCUCACUCAACCCAAGUGCCUGCAGGUGUGGCCACCUUUAUUUGUAUAUUCUACUGUAUUUAUUUAUUUGCCUGGCUAAUUAGCUCAGUGCCACAUUCCUAAGCUAGAUGUAUCCCUUUGUGAAAAACAUCGAGGGAGAGAGA